CACUUGCCAAAACGCGUUGCCCAUGGAGUGGAGCAAGAAGGUGCUGCUCGUUGGAGGAACAGCAGCUGCAGCGCUGGCCGUUCUGUGGUAUUUGCGCAAGGCAAAGAGUCCUAGCCUGGCCGAGGAUGAUAGUCAAUCCAAGGAUGACAAAACAGCUUCCAAGAAACCUGUGCAGAGCGAGGAGGCCGCUAAAGAAAGAUUGAAAAAAAUUUUGAGAGAGAUGAUCAAGUCUCAGGAGCAGAUGAAGGCCGUCAUCAAAGAUUUGACGAAGGAACUUCGGGAGAAGUCGGUGAGUCUGCUGGACAUAUGUCAGAAAAUCGAGAAAAUUGCGCCAGAAGAUCCCAUCGCGAAACAUGGUUUGCAAAUGAUGGAUUUUGACAAGCUGUUGGAGAAACAUCAGCAAGAUAGUGAAAUCCGCAAUGCCAUUGCGAAGAUCAUGGGUGCGCCAAAUCCACAAAAUGUUGCUUCAGAAAAGAUUCAGGCUAUCAGCGUGAAAGAGGUCAUUGACUAUCACAAGUUCAUGCUGCAGGAGCUUGAGCAUUUGAUUGACGAAUACGAGAAUCUACCUGCUGGCCGGGAGGGCUUGGACCCCAAGACGGUGACCAUUGCAGCGCAGGUGAUUGUUGGAGCUCGAUUUGAAUCAGAGUUCCAGGUGAGUUCAGAGGAUGUGGAAAGUGCGGUUCUGAUGUACCAUGCGAAUCUGGCCACUGACCAGACGUUUGCCCAAGUCAAUGUCAAGAUUCAGCACGCCAUGAGCCGUUUGAUGGGCACGAAAAUGACGCCAAGUUAGGGUCUUUGAAUCAGUGGCAAUCUCCCUUCAAUUAUUGUGGCUCGUGUUGAAAUUUGGACACGGACGCAGUUGUGGAGACCUGCUCGGUACCAUGAAAGCGAAGAUGAAAAUUGCCAAAA